CACAUAAACGCAUAAACCCCGCCCACCGGUCUGACUGCCAGUCCGAGAGUUACUACAGCUGCAGACCGGUUCCUCCUUCAUCGUAUAUUUAUGGUGUUCUACCCACCGUGACGCGCAACCAGCCACCAACGAUUUACAUAGUCACGGCUGAUCGUCCGCACAGUGGCAGUGAGUGAGGGAGGUGAAAGACAAUAGUGUGCCCGUGACAAUGUCUGCAGACAGAGAGCCUCCCGUCACUGCUAAACUCCUUCACCUCAUGUUUCUCUCCACCUUCUGGGGAAUGCAGAUAUGGGUCACCUUUAUAUCGGGCUUUGUGAUGGACAACCAUCUAAACCGACACACGUUUGGCUUCAUCCAGAGCCGGCUCUUCCCGUUUUACCUGCAUAUCGGCUCAGCCUGUGCUUUCUUCAAUCUCACCAUCUUCGCCAUGUACCAUCCCAGCAACAUGCUGGAUGACAGAGAGGCCUUCCAGAUCUUCAUUUAUUUUGUGUGUGUGACUGUGGCAGCAGUAAAUGCCCAGUGGUUUGGUCAGAUGACCUCGGAAAUCAUGGCGGACAUGCACCUGAUUGAGCAGGCCUGCGGAUUGGGUCAGGACAUCGGACUCUCAUCCAAUCGGGAAGCUUACGCCAAGCUCUGCGAGACGGACCCCAAGUAUAAAAAGCUGAGUGGUCGGCUGUGGCUGUACCACCUGCUGUCCUCCCUCUGUAACCUCUGCUGUAUCGUAUGUAACGGAUACAGCCUAUAUUACCUGGCAGAAAACCUCACCACACUCUGAUGACCUUCCUGUAACAUAGUGGAGCUCUACUCCCAUAAUGCAAUUCAAAACCUUCGGUUAGUGUCUGUGUGACUCCGGCAGCAACGACCUGCUCUCAGGUACUGGAUUACUUCCUGACAAAUCUGGUCAUUCUUGUAAUGGAUUGUCUUUUUUAAUCUUCGUUGUGCUAAUUUUAGUGUAGAUAUUUUUGUUUUUUGUAAAAGUUAUAGAUAAUGAUAUUUAAAUUAAAAUAUGUUACACUGCAUGCUUGAGGAAUGGGGGAAAAAAAUGGGAAGUGGAAUUCAAAAACAUUUUUUUUUUUUUUCAUUCUAGAAGUUAUGGCACAUAUUUUCUGUUUUCUGAACAAAAGCAACCUCACUCUAUCACAAAACAAAUUAAUUUAUCAAAUUAUUUGAUUUCUCUGUUUCAACAGCCUGGACUGCUAAUUAUGCUCCCACCUGAAUGUUGAAAUAGAUCGUAAAUAAAAUGCACCUAGCACCAGUUGUACCACAGAAUGUGGUCAUGCACAUUAUAUAAGAACUUCAAAGGCAUAAUAUGUAAGAUUUUUGGAUUAAAAUUUUGGCUUCCAAAAACCACUAGAACAGUGUUGUAUAUUUUGAGUUAUCCUAAAUGUUUCCAAAAAUGUUUAAA